AAUGACAGAUCGCAGAAUAGAGUAGAACAAACUGGUGGUAUUUUUUGUGUGGUUAUUGUUUUGUAUAACAAUAUAAACGCAAUAUUUGUCGAAUGUACCAGUCCAUUUUAUUGCAUUUAUGUGUGCCCAGUGAAAUAUAUUUAUCAACUGAAAGAAUUAACUUCUAUGAACUCAAAAAGCGAAACUGACGAAGCUUCAAGGGGGAACGAAGCGUCAUCGUCAAAUAGUAAUACAGCCCCAACCGAAAGUGAGUCUAGUUCAGGUAUAUGUGCGGAGAAAAACUCAAACUGUGCUGAGGACAUUAUGAAGCGAGCUGCUGCAAAACAACUGAUCGAGAGAUACUUUUACCAGCUGCUGGAUGGCUGCGGGAACCCUAACUGUGACAACCAGUACUGUGCGUCUAGCGGAGAGGCCCGAAAUCUGACUCCAAAUGAAGCUGCAGCGGAGGCCAUAAAGCUGUUCUACAAGGAGGCGCGACUAUGCGACAGCCUGCCCAACAAAGUGCCUCGCACUGAAACUAGCCCGUGUGAUUCCACCAGUCCAUCAUCAGCAUGCACAGAGAAAGAGAAGCGGAGUCACGAUGAGAAAUCUGAGCUGCCCAGCUCGAGCGCCACAAGCUCCCGACAGGAAACUAGUCACAAACAGGAUGACUUCAAAACUAGUCACAGCAAUGGUGCACCGUUAACAGAAGAACAUAUAUACAAGUUGUGCGACGACUGCCUGGAGACUAAAGCGCCCGAGCCUCUCAUCAGGGCACUAGGAGAAGCAUUCACACAGCCGGCCAUACUAGCUCGGUGCUUCCAGGGGAAACCACACGCGGACAGCAGUAACGGCGGAGGAACUAAAGGAAACAAAGAAACAAAAGCGAUGUGUUCAUCGAGCGACCCGGAUAAAGAUGUGGACAGUCUGGAAGGCCCAGGGCUCGAUGUAGCGUCGUGUCGCCGCGCCUUUCAGUACCUCGCUAAAGUGCCAUCAGAGUACUACAGUUCAGCGUUAGUGACCGCCCUUACCACUCUCGCCGAAAACAUGGAGAUCGACUUGCGAAUAACCAAGAAAAUGAGCGAAGAAGAAAUUGUCAACUGUUUUGUGAUCGCCUUUGAGGUGCCAGACCUCGGGUGCAGCGAUUACUUGGAGAUAGCACUGCCUGCGUUGUGUCAUGCGGCUAAACAUCUACCAGUCAAAACACAAGCGAAACUGGCCAGAAUGUGGGCGCAGCACUGCAAAGAGAGCCUUCGGCACAUACUGGAAACGUUACAGCAGCUCAUCACACUGCGCAUUAUUUCUACAAACUACACGAGGAACUUCCAAGUGCAGGACGACGAGAGCGUCACCAUGGCAACGAAGCUCAUGAAGAUAGUGUACUACGCGAACAUGAUCGGCGGUGUCAUGGAGUCCAGCUCGCAUCGCGAAGAACCCGUCUCCGUUCCUCAACAGUUAGACCCCCUUGGAGACGCUUUAGACCACCUGUACCCCCUAACGUCCAUCAAGAGCAAGAAUCAUCAGCACACAGACCCUUUAGAAAAGCGAAAGGAGAUUGUGCACAAAUGGUGUACAAUUCCUAACAUCACGCUAAAACAGUUGGCGAAAUCUGAAGGAGUUAGCAUCGGAGCCGUGCGUACGGCUAUUCGAAAACUAAAACUUAGCAAAACGGAAACUAAAUAUCUUUACAUUCUAGGUAAAAAAUUCGCCUUCCUAAAAUACCCGUUCAUCCUGACGGCCGCGACGAAGUCCCUCGGGUUGUACUACGAGAACCGGAUCCGAAUGUACUCGGAGCGCCGAGUGUCCCUACUACACGCCGUGGUGGGCGCGGCGCCACCUAUGCCUUAUCUAAGGCUUAAAGUGCGCAGGACGCAUAUUAUAGACGACGCUUUAGUUGAGUUAGAAAUGGUAGCGAUGGAGCGAGUGCUGGACCUGAAAAAGCAGCUGGUAGUAGAGUUUGAAGGCGAGCAGGGGCUGGACGAGGGUGGCGUCAGCAAGGAGUUCUUCCAGCUCAUCGUCGAGGAGAUCUUCAACCCCGACUACGGGAUGUUCACGCAACAGCGCGACAACGAGACUGUCUGGUUUAACCCGCUAUCCUUCGAGACGGAAGCCCAGUUUACCCUGAUCGGUAUAGUGCUGGGGCUAGCCAUAUACAACAAUGUGAUACUACCCGUCAACUUCCCCAUGGUCGUAUACCGAAAGCUGAUGGGAAAGAAAGGCUCUUUUGAAGAUCUGGCUGACUGGAACCCUAUAUUAUACUCAGGCCUAAAAGACAUGCUGGAAUACAACGACGACGACCUAGAAGAGGUGUACUACCAGACGUUCCGGAUAUGCCACCGCGACGUGUUCGGGAACGUCAUCUUCCACGACCUCAAGGAAGACGCGGAUAACAUCUUCGUCACGCAGGGGAACAAAAAGGAAUUCGUAGAUCUGUACGCGGACUACCUCCUGAACAAGUCUGUGGAGGUGCAGUUCCGCGCGUUCCGGCGCGGCUUCGUCAUGGUCACCGACGAGAGCCCGCUCGCCGCACUCUUCCGCCCCGAGGAGGUCGAGACGCUCGUCUGCGGCAGCAAGAACUUCGACUUCAACGAGCUAGAAAAAUCAACAGAAUACGACGCCGGUUACACCUCCGAGUCGCAAACCAUCAAAGACUUCUGGAGCAUAGUCCACAGCCUGUCCCUGGACGACAAGAGGAAACUGCUGCAGUUCACGACCGGCUCCGACCGCGUGCCCGUCGGCGGCCUGAGCCACCUCAAGCUGGUCAUCGCCAGGAACGGGCCCGACUGCGACCGCCUCCCCACCGCUCACACGUGCUUCAACGUGCUGCUCCUGCCCGAGUACGAGAGUAGGGAGAAACUCGAGGACAGACUCAUGAAGGCCAUAAGCUAUUCGAAAGGAUUUGGGAUGCUGUAAUGUAUAAUGCGUCUUUAUAUUGAUUAAAGUUUGUUUUAUUUAUA